GAUAUCGUGGUCAGCGAAGUGGACGUGGGACAACCUUGUCUAGCCUGUGGCGAGAAAUGUCCCGGGUUCGCACACCAUGACUGGAGAAACGUGUGUGUCAACUGUAAGUGUGUCCGUGAACUCCAUGACCUCUACAACGACAACCUGGUGGACGUGCGGGACCGCCUGGGCUGGCCGAGAGAUGACGGGCAGGGCGGGGUGGCCAGGGACCCGAGCCUCACCGAGGGCUACACCUGGGUGCCCGGGAACCUCUCCAGUCAGAAGAUCCACGAGUACAUGGAGCAGCUCCCCAACCACAAGGUUCCUCGUGUGGACACCCCGGGCGAGAGGUACAGAGACAUACAGCUGAUUAGAGCUGCUACAGCUGUAAAGGCGUCCUUGAGCGCGGGGACCUGGUUGUGGCGGCAGACAAGCUGGGCCGGGAGUGGGCGUGGCACCCCGCCUGCUUCACGUGCGCCACGUGCGAGGAGCUGCUGGUGGACCUGGUCUACUGCCAACAUGGCCGUCAGCUGUACUGUCAGCGGCACUACGCCGAACUCAUCCGGCCCCGGUGUCCCUCGUGUGAUGAGGUCAGUGGUGCUGCUUGGAGUGGUUGUAAUUGUUGUAGUUUUUUUGAGAGCAUGGCAGCGUAUGUAAAGGUGUGUUGA